ACAAGAACAAAGAAACAAAACACCCGGCCUUUAGUGGUUUAGGUUGUGGCAGCCGGCAGACCACUCAUAAUAUUAUUAUUAUUCCACAGAGCUCUAUUAUUAAUAACCAAACUUUUUUGGUUUUCUUCUACUUGAUUUGUGAGUACAGAAAUGGAGAAAGAGAAACCAUUUGGAGAAGUAAAAAAACGGCGGCGUUUAAUACUGGUGCCAUGUCCAUACCAAGGCCAUAUUAACCCAAUGCUUCAUCUAGCAACAUUCCUACACCAAAGUGGCUUCUCUAUAACCAUUGCUCACACAUUCUUCAAUUCCCUAAUCCCUAAUCGUCACCCCGACUUCACCUUCCUCCGCCUCAACGACCGCCUCUCCGAUGACUUAGUCGCAUCUUCGGAUUUGGUGUCCGUUUUGUUCGCCAUCAACGAUAAUUGCAAAGCUAGCUUGGAGGAAGCUAUGGCCACCACGGUCCGGGAUGUUGCGUGUAUAAUACACGACGAGCUCAUGUACUUUUGUGAAGCGGUGGCUAGCUGUUUUGGGGUUCGGAGUUUGGUGGUUCGGACGACCAGUGCGGCGGCGUGUAUUAGUCGCUUGGCCAUUGUGCAACUUCAGGCGGAGGGUCGCCUUCCUCUACUUCAAGUGUCCAUGGAAGAAGAGGUACCAAAUCUCCAUCCUUUGAGAUUCAGAGACUUGCCACUCUCAGCCAUUUCAGAUAUCUCAAAAAUGGCACAAAUAAUCCUCAACAUGUACACUGUAACCACUUCUUCAGCUGUGAUUUGGAACACAAUCCCAUUUCUUGAACCAUCUGAACUCACCCAAAUCAAAACCAAAUUUUGCAACAAAAUCCCUAUCUUCCCAAUUGCCCCAAUCCACAAGAUUUCCCCAACUUCAUCCUCUUCAAGUUUGCUCAAAGAAGACUCAACCUGCCUCUCAUGGCUCCACAAACAACCUCCAAAUUCAGUCAUCUAUGUCAGCUUGGGCAGCAUUGCCCUCUUAUCAAACCAGGAACUUCAAGAGAUGGCUUGGGGCUUGGCUAAUAGCAAUCAACCCUUCUUGUGGGUCGUUCGCCCCGGGUCCGUUCGAGGCUCGGAUGGGCUCGAAUUCGUCUUGAAGGAGUUCCAAGAGAAGGUUGGAGAUAGAGGGUGCAUUGUGGAAUGGGCUCCACAAAAUGAAGUGUUGGGUCAUAGAGCUGUUGGGGGAUUUUGGAGCCAUUGUGGUUGGAAUUCUACACUUGAGAGCUUGAGUGAGGGUGUUCCAAUGUUAUGUAGGCCUUAUUCAGGGGAUCAAAGAGUGAAUUCAAGGUAUAUUAGUUGUGUUUGGAGAGUGGGGUUGGCUUUGGAAGAUCAUGAGUUGAAAAGGAAGGAAGUGGAAAUGGGUAUAAGAAAAUUGAUGGUGGAAGAAGAAGGGAGGCAGAUGAGAGAAACAGCAAUGAAUUUCAAGAGAAGAAUUGAAGAUUGUUUAAGGAAAGAUGGGUCUUCUUCUUGUAGCUUGAAAGAGCUUGUUGAUUUCAUUAUGUCUUUUUAGAUCAGAUUAACCUAAUUGGUUAGCUCUCCUUUUUGAAAUAAAUUUCCUUGGGGGUAAAAUUGGAAUGAAAAUUUACUGCUAUUUUAAGUGA